UUAAAAGUUAGAUUGACACCAUACAAGCUCAGCUCCACAGGGAUUGCAGUGGAUGAGUCACAGAACCUGUGAGAAGUUGGAAACAAGAUUUUUGAUUAACGCAUCUUCAUCGGUGUUUUUCUUCUCCUUUAGCCCUGCAUACUAAACAGCACGUAUUGUUUUAUUUUGGAGAUUAGGUUUCAUUAUUUUUUGGAGUCGCUCCUGCUUGCAACUCACUCAGCUGCCGUGCAAACACACGCUGCAUGAAGUCUGCUCAGGUUUGUGAGAGGCGAGCAGCUCAUUCUGGCAGUGGAGGAGAAACAGGGAGGCUGAUCCGAUCGUGCUCCAGCAGGAUUUUGUUUUCUCACCAGCUCUUGUUUUGAAGUUGAUUCCGACCUCACAUAUGAAAUGUAACGCGGAUAUCAGUAAUAAAAAAAUAUAGACAAAUAAUCGCUUUUAUACAUACAUAUUUAGAUGCACUUGCCUCUGAGUCCGGCUCGCAGUGACAAAGAAAGAGAAAUCCCCCCUCGAUCCUUCUGCGCUCGUGGACAUAUGAAGACUUGGGCGGUCAGCUGCGGGCUUGAACUCACGGCGGCUGCCAGGAACAAGUUGGAGGGCAGCAAGAGUAGUUUGCGAGACUUGCCAAUGUGAGCGGACACUUCAGAACCAAGGACAGAUCCAAACUGCUGCCUGGCAAACAUGCCCAAAGUGAGCAACAUCUGGACUCUGCUCGUCACGUGAAGCUCGGCUGUGGGAAGGAAACCUGCGAACACGUCCGGGGAGGAUUUAUCUUUAGAGCUACAAACCAGGAAUCAUCAAACAUGCUGUACUCACUCAGAGAAGACCUGAAAGCAAUCUGCCUCCAGACUCUGUGAACCUCUGCUCCUCUCCACUUCACCCAGCUAAACCCUGCUACCUGAUCCUGCCAUGCUGAGUGCAGUGCUCUGCCCCAAGUUGCAGGCCAAUUCUGCCCGUUAUUGGCCUCUUCACAUGUUGCUGCUGGAGCUGCUGAUACCAGGAGUCCUGCCUAGCAUCUCCAGAUUACCCCCCGCAGCCAAACGUGAGAUCAUCAUGGAUGGAGACUUGGUGAUUGGGGGCCUGUUCCCGGUGCACGAAAAAGGUGAUGGGAUGGAGGACUGUGGUAAGAUCAAUGAGCAAAGGGGGAUCCAGAGACUUGAAGCCAUGCUGCUGGCACUUGAUGAGAUUAACUCCAGCGAUCGCAUCCUUCCCGGACUCCAACUGGGAGCCCACAUCCUGGACACCUGCUCGAAGGACACCUACGCUCUGGAGCAGUCCCUAGACUUUGUCAGGGCUUCUCUGACCAAGGUGCACGAUCCAGGUUUCAUCUGCCCAGACGGCUCCAGACCGAUCCAAAACGAGGUUCCGCUGGCCAUCUCUGGGGUCAUUGGAGGAUCCUACAGCGAUGUGUCAAUUCAGGUGGCCAACCUUCUGCGACUCUUCCAGAUCCCUCAGAUCAGCUAUGCCUCCACUAGUGCAAAGCUCAGUGAUAAGACCCGUUACGACUACUUCGCCCGUACCGUGCCCCCUGACUUCUAUCAAGCCAAAGCCAUGGCUGAGAUCCUGCGUUACUUCAACUGGACCUACGUGUCGACAGUGGCAUCAGAGGGGGAUUAUGGUGAGACCGGCAUUGAUGCCUUCCAGCAGGAGGCCCGCACUCGCCAAAUCUGCAUCGCCACCUCAGCCAAAGUCAGCCGCUCCAUGAACCGCCAGGGCUAUGAGAACGUGAUCCGCUCCCUGCAGCAGAAGUCCAAUGCCAAGGUGGUCAUCCUGUUCACUCGCAGUGAGGACGCCCGAGAGCUGCUGGUGGCUGCUGCUCGAAUGAACGUCACCUUCACCUGGGUGGCAAGUGACGGAUGGGGAGCGCAGGAGAGUGUGGUGCGGGGCAGCGAGACUGCAGCAGAUGGAGCGUUCACCAUUGAACUGGCCUCGUACCCGGUCAGAGAGUUUGAAGACUACUUCACCAAACUGAAUCCGUACACCAACACGAGGAACCCGUGGUUCAAGGAGUUCUGGGAGCACCGGUUUGGCUGUAGCCUCCAAGAACACGGCUGCAGUGAACGCAGCUUAAGAGAUGGAACUUUCGAGCAGGAGUCUAAGAUCAUGUUUGUGGUGAAUGCGGUCUAUGCCAUGGCCUAUGCUCUGCACAACAUGAGGCAGGCAGUGUGCUCCAACACAUCCAAGGUCUGCGAUGCCAUGAAACCAGGCAAUGGCAAAAGGUUCUACAAGGAGUUCAUCCUGAAAACCAAGUUUGAAGCUCCAUUUAAACCUGCAGACACGGAGAACAUGGUGCGCUUUGACUCUGUCGGGGAUGGCAUCAGCCGCUACAACAUCUUUCAUUACCACAAAGAAGAGGGGAAAUUCGUCUACAGGAAGGUUGGCUACUGGGACCAAAACCUGACCCUGAACACCACCAUGAUACCCUGGCGUGGCCUUAUACCACCCACCUCCCAGUGCAGCGACCCCUGCAAGAAGAAUGAGGUGAAGAGCAUGCAGCCGGGAGACGUAUGCUGCUGGAUCUGUAUUCCCUGUCAGCCCUACCAGUACCUGCAGGAUGAGUUCACCUGUGCUGACUGCAGCUUCGGUCAGUGGCCUCUGGCUAACUUGACAGGCUGCUAUGAUCUGCCUGAAGAGUACAUACGAUGGGAAGACGCCUGGGCUAUCGGGCCAGUUACCAUCUCCUGCCUUGGCAUACUGUGCACCCUGUCCGUCAUAGGCCUGUUCCUGAAGAACAAUGAAACACCUGUGGUUAAAGCCAGUGGCCGUGAGCUCUCCUACAUCCUGUUGCUGGGAGUGCUGAUGUGCUACAGCAUGACCUUCAUCUACAUCACCAAACCCUCCACUGCUGUUUGCACCCUACGCAGACUCGGCCUUGGCACCUCAUUUGCAGUGUGUUACUCCGCCCUGCUCACCAAGACCAACCGCAUCGCUCGUAUCUUCAGCGGGGUGAAGGAUGGAGCUCAGCGGCCCCGCUUCAUCAGCCCAGCCUCCCAAGUAGCAAUCUGUGGCGCUCUGAUCUCCUGCCAGCUGCUGGUGGCUGUUAUCUGGCUGCUGGUGGAGGUGCCGGGGGUUCGGAAGGAGGUGAGCCCAGAGAGGAGAGACGUAGUCACCCUAAAGUGUAACAGCAAGGACUCCAGCAUGCUCAUGUCACUCACCUACAACUGCAUCCUCAUCAUCCUCUGCACCGUCUAUGCGUUCAAGACAAGAAAGUGCCCCGAAAACUUCAAUGAGGCCAAGUUCAUCGGGUUCACCAUGUACACCACCUGCAUCAUCUGGCUCGCCUUCCAGCCCAUCUUCUAUGUCACUGCCAGUGACUACAGGGUGCAGACCACCACCAUGUGUAUCUCCGUCAGUCUGAGUGGUUCAGUGGUACUCGGCUGCCUCUUCGCCCCCAAGAUUCACAUCAUCCUGUUCCAGCCCCAGAAAAAUGUGGCGACGCUCAGAGUCACAGCCAACCGCUUCAGUGCCACAGUUUCUACUUCUGCCUCCGCUCCCAGCUCCAGCUACUCGAAAGGAUCAGCCUCCAACUACGUGCCAGCAGUUUGUAACGGCCGCGAGGUGGUGGAUUCGACAACGUCAUCUUUGUGAGAAAAAGGUUCCUCUCAAGCACAAGAGACCGUCCUGUCAUCAGUCAUGCUUCCAUCAAACAGGGCUGAGUAGGACGGAGCCCCUUCAUGCCAUGUAAUAUGUUGCAGAGAGAUAACUCUGUCAGGGUAGACUGACUGGCAGUGGCGAGGGUAACUAACUGUGAAAGCUAAAAGAUGUUCCCACAGCAAGCAGUAUGUAUCAGCUGUAAAGCCUUUUUGUAUAGAUUUAAUAUGCUGUGAUCUCCUCGGUUUACAGAUAGAUGUGAUUAAAUGCACCGUGCCUUGUCCUAAAGAGUCUUGUUGUCAAAUGGAUGGUUGUGAAGCAAUAGUGUUAUACAAAAACAAAAGGCCGUUCUUAUCUUGUCCUUACAGUGCUGUGAAUAUAUCCAAAUGUUUUAGACAUCGACAAAAAAAUGAAAAGAAAAAAAAAAGCUUUGACAUGAAUUUAGUCCUUCUGUUAAACAAAAUGUGUGACUAACCAUAGUGAAUGUGGUGAAAACUAGGCAACUAGGCAAUAUACAGGACGUGUUACUGUAGACUGGUAUAACAGUGUGUGCUUUCUUGUAAUUUAUGUAAAUAAAAUGUUUUUUAAUAUUAAAACAUUAAAUUCUG